AGUGAAAAUGCAGCGUUCCAGGAGAAAUACCAUGAGCAGUGCAAAUGUUUCGUCUACGGAACGAACACCGAAGCGUACUACUAAGGUACCCGUUUCCGAGCACCGGAGGCUACAAUUACGACUGGCACAGCGAGCCUAUCGCUAUCGCAAGGACAAAAUAACCUUGUCUUUGCAGCAACGACUUGAUUAUUUGCAGACACAGAUUCAGAACUUACAUCGGACGUUCCAAGCAUACAACUAUCAAAUAGAAAGAUCCGGUGUAUUAUCUUGUGAACCGGCUCUUGAAGGAAAGCUGCAAGAAUUACGCACGCAGCUUCGUGCAGUUUCUGCUGCUGCUUGUUCGAGUAACGAGGGCAGCAUUACAAUGCAAAUGAAUGAAAUCGCAUCGACUAUGACCCAAGGGAGGCAACAGGAGACGCACUCACGGCAGCCAGAAGACGAUUUUGAGUUGACCAUAUCAAGACCAGUCAAUAGGGGCAUCCAUUUAGCUAGUCUGAUCGCCUCGUCUAACAGUGCCGACCAUCAAGAAAACAACCCAAGGGGCAAAACACCAGUCCAAAGUUAUUCAUCCUUACCAACAUCUACCCUACCUAUUGUCGACCGUUCAGAACCAGUGCCGUGCGCUAGAGAAGAUGGUACUUUCCUUAAUAUUCUACGCCACUCGCAUCUCCUAUCCUCUUCCACUGCGCCCUUCCGGGAGACAUCUUUUGAACGCCGGUUGCAUCGAGCCUGUCUGAAAAACGGGUAUAACUUGUUGGCAGAUCCAACCUCCGAUCCAGACAAUGUGAGCCGGGUGUUCAGGCUCCCAUUGACUCUGUCCACUCGAGAUUCUAUGGUCCAACAGAUGAAAGGAAUUCUGGAAGGUGGCUUAGACGAAGCUCCAGAGUUAUGGGAUAUGCCUUUCUUCUUGUUAGGGGGCGCUGGGACUCACUAUCCUCGAAGGGAUCACACGGGAAAGCCUUUCCUUCCUCCGAAUGCCUUACCGAUUAGUCAACUUGUUAGUGCUUUUGUACAUCAAAGAACAGAGCCACAAUCCUUCCAGAGCGACCAUGACCUUCUGGCCGAUCUCGGCCUCAAUGGCGAGUGGCUUGAUUCGCAUGACGUUGAGGGUUAUCUUAAGGAGAAAGGUAUCUCCUUAAGUGCAGAUAUUGCAUUUUGCAGUGUCCCCGCAUGUGCAUUCUCAAUGGAUUCCAACGUAACACGUGCCAAUGCUCAACAUGGUAUGGGCAUAGACGAACCAGCCCUGGGAUAUAUGCAUCCUUACAAUGAGGAUCUUAUGGAAAUUCAGGCAGGGGGAUGGGGAUCAGACAUACAGGUACUUUUCCGUUUGUCAUCAACGUAUGAAUGA